AUGUGCACUGUCCCGUUCCUGGCAUCUCCGGGCUGGGCACCUUCCACGGGGUUCACCCCACCCCCGCCCUGCGAAGCCGUGGGGACUGGAGGGGGGGGGUCUCCCGGCUCCAGCGGGGCGCAGCGCCCUCUUGCGGUGACAGUGCGUACGCCAGCAGUGGCCCAACCCAUCACACCGCUGGAGUGUGAGCCAACAUUUGCUUGGAACUCCGGAGGCUACCAACCACGUGCAAAACCCCUGAUGACACCUGACCGAAGCUACUGCGCCCUGGCUAUCUUGUUGGCAACUGUGGACAUCCAAUCUGGUGGGUGCGUGAACAUCAGCAGCUCCGCUGCCCAGGAGGGAGAGAGACUGGACUUCAUCUGCACCCUGCACUAUAAAGAGGAAGAGGCGGAGGGGCCGAUGGCGUUUUUGUGCAAAGACAGGUCUUGGGACUGCUCCCCUGAGACCAGCUUAGAGCAGCUGAGACUUAGAAGGGCCCCUGGGGCAGAUGGGCUGGUGUUCACGAUAAACAAAGCCACACCACUGGACAGCGGGACCUACCAGUACUGUGCCCGAAGCCAGAAGCCAGAAAUGCACCUCCAGGGCCACUUUUUCUCUGUCUUCGUCUCUGGGAACUACACAGUGACAGGACUGAAACCAAGACACCUUGACUUCAGGGGCAGUGACAUCACUGUCGGCUCAGGCUUCCUGCUGGUCAAGGCCUUGGUGGUGCUGGUCAGCAGCCUGGUGACCCUUCAAGGUAUGGUCAGCCUUAAACACUCCAAGCUAUGCGAUUACAUGAGAGGAGAUGAGGCAGGAGAUGGCUGA